CCACAACGUUGGGGAUGUCAAACGAGACGCGUUCAAAAUCUGUAGACGCGGUGUUGAACAGAGUGGAAGUCGCAAAAGCCUCGAGAAACCUUCAAGCGAGACUGCGAUUAGCAUCAUACAAAGCGCGAAAUGGACUUGUUAGUACGCCUAUUGACUCGAUAGUUCGGACGUCUGCGAUGCCACCACCUCGUACGACUACCCCUGGUCUGCGGUACUCUAAUGGAUCACCCCGGAUUGGGAAUGCGCUCUUCAAAUCACCCAAGAGGACUACAAACACGCGUAAAUUGAGUAGCAACUACGCGUCACCGGGCGUACAACACGAUAGCGAGUCAAUGAAUGCAGCAAACGCGCUCACUAGUCUUUUUCAUUCCCCUGGAUAUAAACCAUCAAGUUCCACGGCUCCUACACCACCGCCUGCAAGGAAUCCAGAUGAAUCUGACGCUCAGCUCAUGUUAUUCCUCGCGACGUCACCAUCGCCUGCGAAACCAGAGACUGGAAAGCAGACGAGGCAAACUGCAUCUCCUCGGUAUAGCAACUUAGAUUUCACACAAUGGAUUCAUAGCCCUAGGGAUAUCCGAACUCGCGAAUAGUAGAAUUGUAACAUAUUUCAUUGUAUUUCUAAAUCAAUAUUAAGACAGGUAGGGAUCACCGAAU